UGUUCUUGAGUCUCGGCCUUUCGUUUUCGCGGAUAAAGCUCCAUAAUUUUCUUCUUUUCAUUUCAUGCUUGGAAGAAUUGUAGCAGCGCAGAGGCCCAUCUCGAUUUGCAGCAAUGCGAGGUACGAUGAGGAAGAAAGGACGAGCGUGUGGGAUUCUUCCAAUGCCAAGAGCGUGAGGCGCAGAAACAGGGUGAGAUUCAUCGAAGAGAGCUCUUGGAACACCCAAAAUGGCUACUCCAAUCGGAGAAGUAAAUUCCAUGACAAUGAAGAGCGCAGCAAGAGAUGGGAGUUUCCUCGAGAUCAAGAAGAUGAAGAUUUCGAUGAUUAUGAUGAAGAGGAGGACGAUGAAGAGGAAGAGGAUGAAGACCAAAUGGAUUUUAGAGCAGUGCUUGGUCUGUUUGGAAUUGGACUACCAGUGGCGUUCAUAGCAGUUCCAUGGCUGAUCAAUCACCCCAUGGCUCUCACAAUGGUUCUUGCUCUACCUCCACUGGUCCAGCGGGCUUUCAGAUUUGCUGUGGACGUGACGAGCUCGUUCUCAAGAUCUCGAUCCAGAUUUCGAGCAAGAUAUCGAUCGAGGUUUGCAGGUCCUGCGCGUCGCCGCUAUCAAAGAUCGAGGACUAGAGAGAAAGAGAUGGAUCGAGACGAAGAAAUGGAUCCAAGAUAUGGAAAUGGAGGGAUGGAUCGAAGAUAUAGAGAUGGAGAGCGAUCUCAGAGCUAUAGAACAUAUAAAAGAGGUGGUAAAGAGGUGGAUCUAGAUGGAGAAAUGGAUCAAAAAUAUAGAGGGAUGGAUAGCACGUACACCAGCGAUCGAAGAACUAGAGAUGGCAAUACGAGCGACGAUGAGAUUGGUGGUGUUAGCUCCUGGGACAUCUCGAACGACAGCAAGGAAGAACAGGGAAGUAUGGAUGGAUGGAUUGAGCUGGAAAAUGAUAGAAAGCUGCAGUUUCGACGUACCAGAAGAGUAGCAAAGGCACGGAUGCGAAGGCUCCAAAGGAGGAAGGACAUUUCCUUGUUCUGGAGAUUUGUUCUAUCAGCUUUUCCUUUCUUGCGGUCGUGGGGAGGAUUCCUGUAGCAUACAAGCAAAACUUAUUAGCAUGGCUACACAGAGCUUGAAUCAAGAGAAACUUACUUGUGAAUAAGCAUACGAGUAGAAGAAAUCUGUGAGCA